UGGCGAUGUAAUGAACAUUUGAUAUAAACUCUGUAAUUUCUGUGUUUAUUACUUGCAAUUUGUCCGUGCUAUUCCUAUACGUAUGAGUUUUUCUAUACUUCUCAUUGUAAACAAUAAUUUUACUUCAGCCAACAUAACAUUAUUCAAGCAACAUAAGCCUGAACAUAGAAAUUAAGUGAAUAUCUAGAUGGUUUAAUGAUGCCUCGGCGCUGUACGGAGGUAGUACAAUUACCAAUGCCUCCUAAGAAGAAGAGCAAAGUUCUAGAAGUACCACCUAGUCUAGAUGUUAGUUUUUUUGACGACGAAGCUUUGCCACCCGGAAUAGUGUUUUCGGACAUUCAGCAAAAUAAAUGGCGCAUUGGAAAGCCUAUUGGAAGGGGCAGUUUUGGUCGCAUUUAUCUUGCUUCAGAUGAAGUUGAGAAAGAAGUCACAAAGUUAAAUGCAAGAUAUGUUGUGAAGAUAGAACCACAUACAAAUGGGCCCCUAUUUGUUGAAAUACAUUGUUUGAUUCGAUCAGCUCAAGCUUGCAAAGUAAAAUCUUGGAGACAACAAAUGAAACAGAAACGCCUUGGCAUGCCAAUCUACAUUGCCAGUGGGUCCUUCACAGAUGAGACAUCAGGCAUUAAGUACAGGUUCCUUGUCCUUCCGCGAUUUGACAUUGAUUUACAUAAAAUCAUAGCUAGGACAAAGGUCCUAGAUUUAAGAAAUGUACUAGUAUUGGCCAUUCAAAUUCUUGAUGUGUUGGAGUACUUACACAAUCAGGGGUAUACACAUUCAGAUAUAAAAAGUUCAAAUCUAAUGCUAGGCUUUGAUGGGAUGAAAUUGGGCAAAGUACCAGCUGUGAAACACACACCAUCGUUUCAAAAAGAAAUUAAAGAAGUGUCUGUAUUGAAUGGAAAGCAGCGAAGAGUUAAAAAUGGUAAAAACAGAAUGUCUUAUUAUGAUGAUGAAGAUUAUAUUGUGAAAGACUACAAAAGCUCUCCACAUUCAAGUGAAAGUGACAAAAGGUUAGCCAAUGUAAAGAAGAAGUUGAGGAGAAUUCUUUCAGAAAGAGACAAUAGAACUUUACAUAGGCACCAUGCAUUCAAUUUAAGACAACUCUCAAACUAUGUUAACUAUGAAGACCUAAACAGCUCAGUAUGUUCUGAUCAAUCGUAUCAGAAGUUGAUUGAUGACUUUGGCAACAAUCUCAUGAGAACAUCAGAAGAAUUUUGUGAAGACUCUAUACAUAACAAUUAUUCUGAAACUCAAACGCUUCCCUUCAAUGAAUUAUAUGGAGAAGCUAUAUUGUCACAGUCAAAUGGUCAAAUCUAUUUGCUAGAUUAUGGUUUGGCAUCUAAGUUUCUUGAUUCCAAUGGGAAACACAAAGAAUUUGGCAUGGAUGCAAGAAAAGCCCAUGAUGGUACAUUAGAGUAUAGUUCAAGAGAUUCACACAUUGGUGCACACUCCCGGAGAUCUGACUUAGAAACUCUAGGAUACAAUCUCCUCGAUUGGCUGACUGGUACCCUUCCCUGGAAAACUACAGAAGUUUUAGCUGAGCCUGAUUUAGUACAUGCAUUAAAGAAAAACUUUAUGAGUGAUAUAAAGCUGUUGUUAAAAACAUGUUUUAAGACUGAAUUCUAUCCUCAAUUUAUGGAAAAGUAUUUGCAGUAUGUCACAAGUUUGGAUUUUACAGAGAAACCUGAUUAUGAUUACUGCAGAAGUCUCUUUAAAAGUGAAUUGCUUAAAAAUGGCUAUGACAAAGACAUUUGCCUUAACUUUGCUGAAACAUUUAUGGCAUCAGUGAACCGUAAUAAUAAACUAUUCCGUUCCAAAAUAAUGAUGAAAAAAAAUACAUCAAGAGAUUUUGUGGUUAUAAAUGGAAUCAAAAAAGCUUUUGAAAGGGAAAAUGUGUACUCUCUAGAAAAUGAUCUAAAAUUGGAGUUAUUAAAACAAACUCUAAACUCAUCUAGUGAUGGAGUGCGUAAACCAUGUACUUCAAGGAACUUCUUUAUAUCAGAUGCAGAUCUUGUUGCAAGACUCAAAAAAUCUCUGAUGCCACAUGACAUAUUUGGUAAAAAGUUGUCUCCCAAAAAUUUAAGAUCCAAAAAGAAAACAGUACAAAAGCGUAGAGGAGUAAAAAAACACAGAAACAGUAUUGGUAAGUUUGGAAACUUUAUGGGGUCAGCAAGGCAGUUUACGUGGGCGGAAAUUUUAGCUGGUAACCCAGAAGAUAUCAUCAGGAAGGAACGUAAUGCUACAGUAAGUGAAGAUGAUGAAUCAACAUGUAAAUAUAGAAUUCGGAAACUGUCUAAUUCUUCCUCAGAUAACAAUGUUGAUAAUGUUCAAUCACCACUGAUGCAGAAAGAUUAUUUGCAAGGAUUGAACCCAACUUAUGCUAUGAAAGAAGUCAUAGCAUCUUUUAAAAAAAGAGCAUCUGGAAAGAAUAUUAAAGAACCAGAGGAAAACCCCGAAGGUUUGGAAGGAUACACACCGGCAAUGAUUAGGGUUUACAGAAUGAAAGAGAAAAGAGAGGCAAAGGAAAACCUAGAAGCAGCCAAACAAAAUUGUGGGAAGAAAGAGGUAAUGACACAACAAAGACGUACAAGGUCCAAUAAAAAGGUUCCUAACAAAACUGUUCCUGCAACUAGGACUACAAGAAAAAAAAUAUCCAAUGAUAGUAGUAAUGAGAAAUCUGACUCAGAGUUAGACCAAAACAAAGAAAAGUCUAAACCUAAGAAAAAUAAGACUACUACUGGAAAGAAAACAGUCCAAAUUGUUGAAGAAAUCAAACCAGCAGUGAAACCUAAAACGAAGUCUAGACCUUCUCUCAUAGUGCCCAACAAUAGGAGGCGACUUAGGAGCAGUCGUCGCACACCGAAGUAACUCGAUAAUCUCCUAAGACCACACUUUUAAUUUAAGACUAGAUGUGUUUUUCCACCAAUUUAGACUUUGACGAAUAUUCUUUUCUGGCGAUGUUAAUCUCACAGAAUACUUUAUUUUAUUUUUAUAUCUUGAGCUCUGUUCUUUUAAAUAAUUGAUUGUGAUUAAUGGGACAAUGAAACUGUGAUUCGAAAUAUUUGUGAAUGUAUUUAGAAAUCUAUAAUAAUCAUCACACUUUUUUUGUAAGUUUGGCCUAAGUAUUGACUUGGCUGCAGGCGAGAAAUGUCUUUUUUAUAAUUUGCAUUUAGAAAAUUGCUAGUAGUUUCGCAUUUGUGUCUAUUUCCGUCUAUGUUCCAUGUGUAUUUUGAGUAG